AUGCCGGAACCUCUAACAGCGCCCACGCGUCAUACUAAACGGCCUACCAGUGCUUUUCAGAUUGCCGACGCGUCCUCCUCCUUGGAAGGUCGUGUAUUGUGGAAUAGUGUCUGUCCAGGGUAUUCUUCACUUGGCCAUUCCAAAGUCGUACUCGAUGAUAGUCGUUACUCAGGUGGUAUUCGACGAGACGGAUCUUUUUCAAUCCCUGAUGUCGACGAAGGUUCAUACAUCCUCAACGUACUCUCACACGACAUCAUGUUCGACUCAUUCCGCGUCGACGUCCACUCCCCAGGCGAAAGUCUCCCCGACGUUCGACCAUACGUCCAAGGCACCCCACACAACCCUCCCUCAACCAUCACCCUCCAAUACCCAAUCGCACUCACACCCCGACAAAAAGCAAACUACUUCGUCGAACCUCAAUCCUUCAACGCACUCGGCAUGUUACAAAACCCAAUGGUUUUAAUGAUGCUUGUCAUGGGUGUACUCGUUAUCGGAUUGCCCUAUCUCAUCAAAAACCUCGACCCCGAAGUAGCAAAAGAACUCAACGAACGACAAUCCCGAGUAUCAGGUAUCCAAAGUUCCAUACAAUCCGGUGACUUUCGUAGCGGGUUCGUCCAAAUUCAUACUCUUUAUCGAUAA